AUGUCCGCCAACCACUCUGAAGACGGUCUGGAUGGCCAAAGCUCCCAGACGCCGUCUUCUCCAGCCAGCGUUGGGGAAGUGACUCGCUCUGCUCGUUCUAACUCGAUCAUUGAGUAUGGCGCAAGAAUGGCUAGAAGAACUACCCCAGAGUCGCCUACUGGUGGUGUCACUUUGGAAAAGAAGGAAAGUUUCCCUGAUGCCAAACAACCAGAAGAGCCUCCCGCUCUUGCUUCCGCUCAGGGGAAUGUCGUGAAAUGCAUCAGAUCUCCCGGUGAUUAUGUUUUCCUCGAUUUGGACUCCAAAAACAAGUCUGAUGAGCAAGAUGUCUCGAACGAAUCCAAUGAUACCUCGCAGGAACUAGAAAGCGGAGAAGAGGAUCUUGUCGAGUCUGAUGCGAAUGAGCUCGAUCGCAAGAAUGCCCUUGAACAGAAACUCAAGGAAAUCCGCCAGAUCGUAGCGAACGAGAUUCAGAUGCCGUCUGAAGACAACAAGGAACACGAAAAGAAAGCGCAGAUCUCCAAGAGGUGGGAUGCUAAGAGCAUGAGAUGCAGCAUGUGCCGCGGUGACUGCCCAGUCUGUGGCAAAACAUGCUGUAUCUACAGCGCAGCUCGCUGCGCCAUCGUUGAAGCAAAGCCAGACACGGAGCUCUUCCGGCACGCAAAGGAGAUUCUACAGAUGAUCUUAGCUCGGGGCAAUACAAUCAUGGGACAGAACAAGUUCUCUCUGUGCACCACCCAUGGAGGCUGCGGCCGUUAUGUGUGCUCUGCGUGCUGGGGUAUUUGUCCAGUCGAACUCUGUCAGGAUGUCCAGUGCAAGGAGUGCAAGAAAGACCCCUGGGCUGCCUGCGACUGGCACGACUACUGA